CUUCACGGGCGGUGGGUGAAAACUUCUUCCGUCUCCCCCUAUAACAUCCUCAGCCACCCCACAUCAUAGGUUUUCUUAAAAAAAAACUUGUUAUAUAAGGAGAAAUUAUAAGUAACAAACUAGUGAUACCCCUUGCGGAAUAUGACGACGCUGACUAUUCCAUUAAUGUUUCACCCUAGAAUAAUCACCGCGUCAGUUUAUUGGGUCUGUUUAAUGUCAAAAGCGUGGGUUGGCCGGCUGUGUGGGGCCCGCGGUACUGUGGCCAGCUGAGCCCGGAGGUAACUGGAGCGGAAAUUAGGACAAGACCUUCUUGGCGGCGUGGGGCAUGACACCGCUCCUCCUGCUUCUGCUGUCGGGGCUCGCCUCUCCAUCCCUUGCCAACUACCAGGGUGGGCUGUGUGUUGCGCUGGGCGGCGUUUGUGUUGAGCGGGACCUGUGUUGGGCUCGCACCUUGCCCUCCCUCUGCGCCCCGCCUCACGUCUGCUGCGCCUCGCCAGAUAAACUUGUGGGAGCGACUGUGUCCAAGGAUCAACUGCGAGAAGUGUGCCGGACGAGGAACAAGUGCUCGAGGGUUGGUGGUGAGUGCGGGACGACCCGGACCCCGUGCAACACCUGGCGGGAGAAGACCCUCUGUAAAGGCUUUUGCUCCUGCUGCCUGGGCGACCACAGAUCGUGUGAGACGACGCCGACCUGCAAGCUUCAAGGAGGCUUCUGCUUCAAGGGCCGGUGGACCGCCUGCCGCCACGGCACCAUACUCCAGGAAGCCUGCAAAAGGAACAAGUGCUUCUGCUGUGUGCCUAGCAAGUGUUCGUGUGGAAUAUCCAACGGUGAGCGCAUCGUCGGGGGCAUGGAGGUGACGGUGCCCCACAAGUACCCAUGGCUGGUGGGCCUCAAGACCCGUAAGGGCGGGGACACCUACUACUGCGGCGGGAGCAUCAUCACCUCUCGCUACAUCCUCACUGCCGCGCACUGCCUCUAUGAUCAGAGCAACGGGAGAGUGCUCAAGCCCAAGCACUUGAGGGUGGGCGUGGGCGACCAUAACCAAGCCUCCAAGGAGGAUGACAUACCUACAGUCACUUCCUUGGUAGACGUGGACAAAAUAAUUAUACACGAGGAUUACUCUUUCUUCGAGAUUUACUACGACAUAGGGCUGGUCCGACUCGCCCAAGCCCUGGAUCUGACCUCUCAUCUUCAGGUAAAGGCCGCCUGCCUGCCCACCGACCCCAGUAACCUGUACGAGGGCGUCACGGGGAUGGCGUACGGCUGGGGCGUCACUUACAUUGCCGAAGAGCGGCAGCCGGACGUCGUGCGAGAAGUGGCUCUCACCAUAUUGGAUAAGGAAUGUAAGGGAAAGAAGAUUGGCAGUAUAAAAAUAUCGCCGCAUAUGGUGUGUGCUGGCGAGGAAGAAGGAGGGAAGGACUCGUGUCUAGGAGACUCCGGGGGACCUCUGACGGUGAUGCAGGGUAAUCGCCACGUCCUGGUCGGCGUCACGUCCUUCGGCUUCGGCUGUGGUCUCCCCGGCUCCCCUGGUGUUUACACCCGCGUCACAUCAUACCUCGAGUGGAUUAUGGCCAACGUUGAAGACACUUUUUGUAAUUAAACGUUUUAUAAAAAGAUGUUUUGUACAUUACGUGAAUAUAUUUAUGAUUUUUACUGCAAA